AUGGUUCAAAAGGCUGUUCUCGUUACUGGUGGUGCUGGUUACAUCGGCUCGCACACUGUCAUUGAGCUUCUCGAAGCUGGCCAUCAAGUUGUUGUCGUUGACAAUUUGACCAACUCUUCCUAUGAAGCUGUUCGUCGUAUCAAGACUAUUACCGGCAAGGAUUUCACCUUCUACAAGGCUGACAUUCUCGAUAAGAAGGCAUUGCUCGAAGUGUUCAAGCGUCAUGCAUGCGACUCCGUUGUCCAUUUUGCCGGUCUCAAGGCUGUUGGCGAAUCGACUCAGAUCCCAUUGGACUAUUAUCAUAACAACAUUACUGGUACGGUGAUGCUUUUGGAUGCCAUGAAGGAAUCAGGUGUCAAGAACAUUGUGUUUUCGUCUUCGGCUACUGUGUAUGGUGAUCCUGCUAUCAUUCCUAUUCCCGAAACCUUGCCUACUGGCGCAACCAAUCCUUAUGGUCGAACCAAGCAGUUCAUUGAACACAUCAUUCGCGAUGUUUGCACCGCCGAGCAAGGAUGGAAUGCAGCUCUUUUGCGUUACUUUAACCCCGCUGGUGCUCAUCCCUCUGGUAUCCUUGGUGAAAACCCUCUCGGCAUUCCCAACAACUUGAUGCCUUAUCUUGCUCAAGUUGCUGUUGGCAAGCGUGAAUUCCUUUCCGUGUUUGGCAAUGACUAUGAGACCAAGGAUGGCACUGCUAUCAGAGAUUACAUCCAUGUUGUUGAUUUGGCAAAGGGUCACUUGGCUGCUUUGGAAAAGUUGAAAGAAGGCACCGGCUGUGUCGAAUACAACUUGGGUACGGGUGAAGGUAGCACUGUACUUGAUAUGGUUCAUGCAUUCAGCAAGGCUGUGGGCCGUGAUUUGCCUUAUAAGAUCGUCGGCCGUCGUCCUGGAGAUGUCACCAACCUUACUGCCAACCCUGCCAAAGCCAAUGCGGAGCUCAAGUGGAAGGCGGAGAAGACUAUGGAUGAGACCUGUGCUUCAUUGUGGAACUGGCAAAGCAACAACCCUAACGGCUUGGAAGAUUGCGAUGGCGACGCUCCUGCUGAUUCUAUCAUCAAGUUUAUCUAG